AGAAGUGUGGGAAAUGGAACUGGAUAGACUCAAGAAUCAGGAUGGUGAAAUAAAUCGGAAUAUUAUGGAAGAGACAGAGCGGGCCUGGAAGGCGGAGAUCUUAUCACUAGAAAGCCGGAAAGAGUUGCUGGUAUUGAAACUAGAAGAAGCAGAAAAAGAAGCAGAACUGCACCUUACUUACCUCAAGUCAACUCCUCCAACAUUAGAAACAGUUCGCUCCAAACAGGAGUGGGAGACGAGACUGAAUGGUGUUCGGAUGAUGAAAAAGAAUGUCCGGGAUCAAUUUAAUAGUCAUAUCCAGCUAGUAAGGAAUGGAGCCAAGCUGAGCAGCCUUCCUCAAAUUCCUACCCCCACUUUGCCUCCACCCCCCUCAGAGACAGACUUCAUGCUUCAAGUGUUUCAUCCCAGUCCCUCCCUGACUCCUCGGAUGCCCUUCUCCAUUGGGCAGGUCACAAUGCCCAUGGUUAUGCCCAGUGCUGAUCCCCGUUCCUUGUCUUUCCCAAUCCUGAACCCUGCCCUUUCCCAGUCCAACCAACCUUCCCCACCCCUUCCUGGCUCCCAUGGGAGAAAUAGCCCUGGCUUAGGUUCCCUUGUCAGCCCCCACAGUCCACACAUGCCCCCUGCCACAUCCAUCCCACCUCCCCCAGGCUUGGGCUGUGUUAAGACUUCUACUGAAACUCCCCGGCCCCAACCAGUAGACAAACUGGAGAAGAUCCUGGAGAAGCUGCUGACUCGGUUCCCACAGUGCAAUAAGGCGCAGAUGACCAAUAUUCUUCAGCAAAUCAAGACGGCACGCACCACCAUGGCAGGCCUGACCAUGGAGGAACUGAUCCAGUUGGUAGCUGCACGGCUAGCAGAGCAGGAGCGGGUAGCAGCAAGUACACAGCCACUUGGUCGGAUCCAGGCCUUGUACCCUGCUCCACUGGCUCAAAUCAAUACCCCGAUGUUCCUGCCUUCUGCCCAAGUUUCAUAUCCUGGAAGGUCUUCACACGCUCCGGCCACCUGUAAGCUGUGUCUGAUGUGCCAGAAACUUGUCCAGCCCAGUGAACUGCACCCGAUGGCAUGUACCCAUGUAUUGCACAAGGAGUGUAUCAAAUUCUGGGCCCAGACCAACACAAAUGACACUUGUCCCUUUUGUCCAACUCUUAAAUGACCGACCUGACUGGGGAGGAAGAAGAGGAGAAACUGAUGUGAACAGGAAGCACGGGUUGAAGAUUUCUAAAACUCUAUAUUUAUACAGUGACAUGUACUCAUGCCAUGUACAUUUUUAUUAUAUAGGUAAUGUGUGUAUAGAAAGUCUGUAUUCAAAUGUUCGUAAAUGAAAGUAUGUAUAUAACGCAGAAACUCUGUUCCCCCUUAUCUUGCAAUUCUUUUAGAGGAUGCAGAUUGUAGGGAAGAUGAUGUUUAGUUUGGCCUUGAAAUUAUGAUGUCCCUGCCUAGGAAGCUGCUGUCGCUCUAAGGCCGUCCUGCUUUCGUUUGGCUCAGCCUCUAGUCCAUUUUCUUAAGGCUCGUGUAUGCAGAUUUGAAGCCUGGUGCUCACCUGCUGUCCACCCAGAUGCCUUGCUUAAUGAGAGCCUCCAGAAGCCUCAGUGUCAUUCUAGCUGCUCCACUCCAAAUACAUAAAAUGAGACUGACUGAGGGAAAAAAGAUGUAACCCUAAUAGUUUGACUUUUCACUGAAUGUUUUACUGUGUUAAUGUUCAUUAUUUAUACAUAGACAUCAGGUUUACCAAAUAUUCUGUUUUACAUCAGCAUAAUUCACAAUCCAAGAAUAACAACACAACCAGGUUCUGUUUACCCUACAAACUUCUGUCCAUCCUACUUCCUGAAUAGAAAUUAGCACAACCCACAGGUUUUCCUGGGGCCAACCCAUUCCUUACUGUCAAUUUGGCUUCUGCUUAAACUCUGACAGGUCAAUCUGUGAAGUCCUUACCCCUUCCCAUUUCCUCUGGUCUUCUAGUCUAGCUAACACCCUUCCCCCCAAAGGUUAAGGCAGUUGGUUCAUAACCAAGUUGUUUGUUGACCUUGGGUGAGCUCCUAACAGGCACUGGGGUGAGGAGAUGUCUAUGUAAAGUUACUUGCAGAAUGAUCUUGGGAUGUUGGGUUUUAAUUUUCUAAGCAAGAAAGCUAUGGGAGACAUGUUUCCUGUUCUGGGAGAAAUGGAGACCAAAGUGGUAUGAUGAAGGGAGAUGGGACUUCAUGGUUUCUCUGAAUCUAGAUCAUUUUCCACUUGUGCUUAUUGAGCACUUCUGGCUUUUAGGUUUUAUACUUGGGAAGGUUGUAGCUCUAUUCAAGCUUUGAAUCUUUUCCUAUCCUUUAUCUUUACUUCUGCAGGAAAUAGCUUCAGCUCCCAUCUCUUUUGGAAAUAAGUAAAACUAAGGGUUAAUAAUAAUAAAUUGGCUCCAUGAGGAGGGUAUCAUAUUACCAACAAUUGAAUUUUUUCCAUCCUGAAACAAAAAAAAGCGUAACUGUUCUAGCAAUAUGAAUCAGGCUAGCAAAGACUAUUCCUUUGAGAGCCAACUAAAUUCUGUCCGUUCUUGUUACCAUUUUUCUCCUUCGUCUUUCAUCCUUGCCUGUUAACUCAUGGACACAUUCUUUUUUUUCCUCUUGCCUUACUUCAGUAUCAGUUUAAGGAGCUGGAUUUCCCAGGAUCUCCUUGGCAUCUUGUAGGGUGAUUGAAAUGGCUUCAGUACUCAUCUCUUUUUUUUUUUUUUUUUUUUUGAACUCAGGGCUUCUAACUUGCAAAAGCAGGUGCUCUACCACUUGAGCCACACCUCUAGUCUAGUACUCAACUCUUUAGAAGUCAGAUGGCCUGCUUUCUUUGGUUAAUGAAAUAAUAAGGUCUCCAGUUUGGUACUGCCAUGAACAGUAAAUGUAUCAAAAUGGAAGAGCAAUUCCUUUGUUUUUUUUCAUCUGGGGAAUUAAUUUUUAAUCUAGUAAUCUUAGAUUUUUUUUCCUCCCUUCAAUUUUGCAGUAGUCUUGGACUACCUUUAUAGAAUCUUUCAGUGUCCUCUCAAAGUUCAGAAAUUGGAAGUGGGUGUAAAGAAUAUUGUUUCUUUUCCAAAAAAAUCUUUGAAUCCAAAGGAGUAGAGAGAGAGAAAAAGGAGGGAUGAGUAGGGAGUACAGCCGCUUCCCAGAGAAAGCCCCUGGCAAGCCAACUCCAAGCCGGAGGGUAAGUGUCCUGAAGAGUUGUACGUGGGAGCUGGGCCUUAUCAUUAUUAUGCUUUUCUCUUCUGUGUUCAGGAUCAAUAAAAAGCCCCACUUAAGUUUUGGCCAUUCUUUUUCUCCCUUCCUCUGCUCACAGGCCUGCCAUGCUUCAAUAUAUGUAGACCAAUGGCAAAGGCCUCAAAUGUAGUGUGUGGAGAAGGGACAGUCUUUUUUCAGGAAUAGAAUUUAAAAAUAGAGCUAUAUAAUACAUAUUUUUACAAGCAAAAAGCUGUCUUAAGAUUUUUUUUUUUACAUUUAGAAUUAAUAGUUUCAGGGUAAAAAGGAAGUAACUGUAAAAAGAAAAAUAAAUGCAAAUUUUCUCUUAAAAAACAACAAACAAACAGUAGGACAAUGGGAGUUACCAAUGACUGAGUUGAGUUUUAUGUCCCAGAAAGAGCUGGAGAAAAGCCAGUUUUCCCCACAGGUAUAAAUUAUAAAGCAGAAUGUGGCAUUUUCAUUUCACGGUAGCAAUGCUGGAAGUUUAUUUACACUGUAAGUUCUGAGCUGGAAGUAGACAGUCUCCAGUCUUCCCGUCAGUUUUUAUAGUUGUGUGCCCAGUCAGCCAAAGCAGCACCAAGAGCAGUGGGAAGGAGGAGAACCCAAGGGAAGAAAAAAAAAAAA